UAUAGAGAAAGAAAGAGAAAGAGAACGAUCAGUACGACGCCGAUCGUCGAAGCGGGAAGACUUAUCACUGCUUCGACUCGUCGACGAGCACGUGUUUCCUAUUUUUUUUCUCUCUUUUUUUCCUUUUUAAUUUUGUAUAUGUAUGUUUCGAAGAUAAUAAGCUCAUGCUUCUAUUCUUCUUGUAAUCUUUUAAAAGCAUCCAUAUGCUUUUUUCGUUCCUGUCUUAACCGGUCCGUGUUUACUUUUAUUUUUCCUCAUCUUAUACUUAUGUUGCUUCCUCGAACCGAAUUUGUUUCAAGUCGUUUGUAGCCAAUGAAUUACGAAGAAUUCAAUUCGUUAAGUGUUGCAUUCUUUUCAUCCUUUUUUAUCUUUUUUAAGUGCAUUCCAUUUCAACGUAACACUCAUCGACGAAUUGAUUAUUUAAUUCGAUAUUAUUAAUUCAUUACGAUCUAAACCGCAGUACUGACAUUAAUUUUUUUACGGUCAACCCGUUUGUUCCAAACGCCGAGAGAAAGAAUGCAAAAUAAUUGCGAUGACGAUGAUAACGACGUCGUCUACAAGGACAUAGUCAUCGUAGGAAAUGGACCAAGCGGUAUUUCUUUGUCAUAUAUGCUCGCUGGUAAUUGGCCUUAUUAUACCGGUGAGCCUCAUCCAGUCGACGACAUGCUGACGGCACGUCUCCAUUUUACAACGAAACCGUUUACCAACGAUGAUGAUGUUCACGGGAGUGACGAGACGACGCGGAAUAAAUUAGACGAGGAUGCGUGCCCUCGACGUCAAUGUAAUGUUGCUAACGAAGGUUUAACACGAGGUAGAGACUUAGCCCACAGUUCACGAUGGAAAUUGGAAACGUUGUCGUCCGGUCUCGAGGGCAGAAGCGGUGGUCGACCUUUGUCUUUACUUAUGGACCAGCUGCAGAAUCCAUGUGUCGAUGCCGGUCUCGAUGUGCCUUCGCUUUUGCAUUGGAAGUCUAAAGAUCAACAUUCGGAACACAAAAUUAUUGAUCACGUAGUUCUUGGUAAAGGUCAGCCUGGUGGAGCUUGGCAGGUAUUUAAAAAUUUUAUGGAUCCAAAUGUGUUAACGAUCAGCUUAAGUCGAUGGAUGUCAUUACCAGGAUUAGAUUUAAGGCAAUGGGAAAAAUUGGUAGAGAUUGAACAAGUACAAAAAUCAACAUUGGCAAAUGGUGAUCCGUGUUCUCACUCUCCAAGAGAGAAAAUAAGUGCAUGUAAACCUGCCAGUCGUGUACCGGUAGGUACCGUUGCUGCUUAUUAUAGAGAUUAUGUUACCGAACAAGGAUUAGAUAAAUAUUUCCGAUGUGGGACCACUGUGACUUCGGUACGAUCGAUCGACACAAUUGGUGCCAAUAAAGAUUUUGGAUGGAUCGUUGAAGGAUAUGAGAAUAAGACUGGUAAACGCUUUGAAUAUAGAUGUCGAAGGGUAGUUCUUGCCACUGGUACAACAGAUUUAUCUAAUCAUUUGGGAAUACCUGGAGAAAGAUCACAAUCCUCAUGGGUGAUUCAUGAUCUUAAUGAUCUAGAAUCACGGCUAGAUCAAUUUGUAAGCGAAUAUGGUGAAGUCGCAUUAGAUGGAUUAUUGGAUCCCGUAUUAGUGAUAGGUGCUGGAUUAAGUGCAGCCGAUGCUAUUAUGGCUGCACGAUUUCGAGGGAUUCCAGUGUUACAUGUAUUCCGUGAUGCAUCCAAUGACUGGAACAAAGAAUCGAGCGAUAAAAUAAAAACAAAUACUUUUGAUAAAUUACAGUGGCUUCCAAGUUCUAUUUAUCCGGAAUAUCACAAAGUUUAUGAGAUGAUGGCAGAUGGUGGUACGAAUUAUCCUCUUUAUAAAUCAUUGCCGGGAUACACUCUUGUGGAUCUUAAUAUUAACAAUGAUGACUGUAGUAGUAAUCAAUGUAAUAAGCAUACAGUUACUCUUUGUACACCUAAUGGACAAUUGAAAAAUUUUCGGGUUUCCAUAGUAGCGAUACUUAUAGGGUACAAGCCAGAUUUAUCGUAUUUGGAAAACAACGGUAUAGGAUUUGGAAAAGUAUCGGAUAAAUCUAUCGAUUGUAAAUCGAAUCCGAUCGAAGUCGAUGAUAUUACUUAUGAAGUUUUGAAAUCACCUAAAAAGGGACUUUAUGCCUUAGGGCCUUUAGUGGGUGAUAAUUUUGUUCGUUUCAUUCUGGGCGGUGCAUUUGGUAUUCUUGCACAUAUUCUAAGUACUUCUAUGUGAGAUACAAUAUCUUUCUUUUUUUAUCUAUCGUCAACUUAAUGAAAUGUACUUAUUUCAUUUUCUGCUAGAAUUCUACCAGCGUUUUUUAUUGAAUAACUGCAUUUACAUAAUACGAUUCUUCACGAAUUUGUAUAUAUUUAAAAAUUUAUUUUUAUAUUUAAACUAUGCAACACAUAUACGAAUUCUACGAAUAUUUGCUAAUUUUAAGACACUUCAUGAAAAUUAUUCAUGAUAAUAACGUAGAGAAUAUAAAUACCGCUAUAAUAUUGACAUUUUUGUACGAAAUGAUGCAUAUAAUAUAUGCGUACAUAUUUUGCACUUUAUACGUGAACAAAAUAUAUGUAAAUAAAGGUUAAAAGAUAGAUCUCUGUCAGCUUUGUUAGGGGGUUCUCAAUCAAAUGUAAAAUAUUACAAAUAUGGAGAGAGAAAAAUAUUAAUGAAAUUUUAGAUAUUGAGCAAAUAAAUAAUUUCUAUGUGUGAAAUGCACUUGAGGUAUACACUUAAAUACAUUCGUUGUAUAUAUUAAUAUAGUGUAUGUAUAUAUUAUAUGCACUGUGUGGUUGUAUACAUUGAUUUUGUAAAAUUAUAUACGUAGUGUUGUUGUAUAAAUGUAGAUAGCAUUCUACAAGUAAAUAACAUUUAAUGGCAAGAUAACUGUGCAAAUGUUCUUGCAAAUUUUGUACCAGUAGUUUACUUUUUUGGUCAGACAAUCUAUAUUUUUUUUCAAGGUAAACAUUUUUUGUCAAAUGAUCUUAUGUCAUUGUAAUGAGAUACGUUAUAAAUAUAUUAUAUGUAUGUGAAAUUAGCAAUAAAAUUUUUUAAUUUAAUUUUA